UUCGCUGAUUUUGUGAUUGUGUAUAAACAUUUUCCUUAUAUCCAUGAAAAUCUUUAAAAAAAAUUAAUUUCAUCAAAUUAAAUUCACUGUGCUUAAAGUAACACAUAGACUUUAAAUGCGCAUAAACGCGUAAUUCUUUUCAAUAUGUCAACUAAAGAUAAGUGGGUUCGCCGGUUCACCGUUGAUGAAACUGCAAAACAUAAAAAUGGAUUUACAAUUUACAAAAUUACUUCUGUCUUAUUCCCACUGGAAUCUCCGGAAGCAGUAACAGUAGUGUCAGUAUGGAAACGAUACAGUGAUGUCCAAGCACUACAUAGCAGCAUGAAAGCUUUGCAUUCCGGAUUACAUCUACGAGGAACAUUCCCUGUACUACCGAAGAAUAAUUACUUUAAGAGAUUUCAGUCUGAGGUUAUAGAAGAGAGAGGAAAAUCAAUAAAAAUCUUGCUUGAAUUUAUUGCAGAACAUAGAUUACUGUUCACUAGUACUGUUUUUGUCAAUUUCCUUCAAACGGGGUACCCAGAGCCAGUACCCCAGGGUGGUGUGAUUAACGCUAUCAGAUCAUCUCUCCACUUGCCCAUAGAGGAGACACCACCGCUGGAGUACCAGACAUCUGAUGAUGAGUCCCGCAGCCCUAAUAGUGCAAGAACACCACAAGAAAACAAUGGGUCUGUCAACAAUUUAGACAUAUCACAAAUACCAAUAUAUGAAGCAGCAGAUGUAGAACUGCGUCAGUCACCCAGAAACACACGGACAGACAGUUUUGAAUCUAUUAAUUCUAUAGAAAGCAUCAACAGUGAUUUCUACGAUGAAUUAAACAAAAUAACAAUAGAAAAGACAAAACCUAGUGUUAAAACAAAGAAUGUUUUACCGGAUUUAAUUAAUUUUGAUGCCCCUUCAACUUCAAAUGCAUCGAAAUUUGAUGAUUAUCAUACUAUGGGUACUGAAACUGUUUCCAUUGCGAGCGAUUCUCCGAUACGUGUGAAAGAGAUGGAGAAUAGUUAUGUAUUCGAAAGUCCCUUGUACGAUACGAAUAACGAUGACAUGAGUGUGACGUCUCGUGGAAUGGACACUGAGAUUGAUGGUGUUGCGUCUCCCUCUAGUGGAGUGCGUGGAAAAGAGACAGAGAUAUAUGAAGAUGUUUCGUCUGUGUCCAGUGAAGUGCGUGGGAAAGAGACAGAAAUAUACGAAGGUGUUUCUUCUCUGUCUAGUGAUGUGCGUGGGAAAGAAACGGAGAUAUACGAAGGUGUAUCGUCUUUGUCUAGUGAAGUGCGCGUGAAGGAGACGGAAGAUAGUUACGUGUUUGAGGCGGGGUAUUUGCUAUCUCUAGGUGCCAGGUCUGAAGAUAGUGGUCAAUACCGCCGCGCUUUUCAUUGCUACCGCGCGGGUAUUGAAAAGAUGCUUAUUGGUGUAAGAUUGGACUGUGACACUCAGAGACGAGCACUAAUCAAGGAAAAGAUCAACAAAUAUUUGAACUAUGCGGAGACCAUUUACAACAAUCAUCUCAUACAUACUGAAGAUAAUGAUGUAGGCAAUGUGUGCGAGGCUCUGUGCCCGCCCCCGCUGAGCAUGCUGAGCGGUGACGCGGACGAGCUCGCGCAGUACCGCGUGCUGGCCGUGCUCGGACCCAAUGUCAUGCUCGUAUUACACAAACAACUGCAAACUUGUUAUGCUAUGAAGGUUAUAAGAAAAAUUCCCCACAAUUUGACGGAAUUCGAUGAAUAUUUCUUGCAGCGUACAAACGAGACGCGACAACCGAUCCUGCCUACCCUCAUACCGUACAUGGUGCCGCUGCACGCGUACAUACAGACGAACAAUCUUAUAUUUCUUAUAUUAACAUAUGCACCGGGGAAAAAAUUAUUUGAUUAUAUAAAAGAAUACAAAUCAAUACCAAAUACACCGAAUAGACAAGUUAAUUUAGAAAAUGUGUUCACAGAACCUAUGAAAAGAAAUGAAAUUAAUGAUAAUAACAAAAAUGAUUCAAUGAAACAAGAUAUUAAUGAAAAUAAUGAUAAUAAUGAUUUGUCUGUUAAUGAAUUGGUUAGAAAUUCACAGAAAUUGUUGCAAAAUGUGGACAAAGUGUUGACCGAAGUUAGAGAUGAGAAUAUUCAAGAUGUCAGAGAAAUGGAAGGAAAUGAUGCAAAGAUAAAUGAUGUUCAGACAACUUUAAUAAACAGGGCGAUGCCGGCGAGCGCCAUCUGUUGUUGGGCGGCGCAGUUGUUGGUCGCUAUAGAGGCGCUGCACAACUGCGGCGUCGUCUGUCUUGACCUCAACCCGCGUAACAUUCUGUUAGGCGAGAGGGGUCAAAUAAUUCUGACAUACUUCAUACAUUACCCCGGCGUGGAGAUGUCCGUGUGCAAGACGAGAGAUGUCAACAUGUACGUGGCGCCUGAACUUUACUCUGACGUGUUCCUCGACCCUGACUCUGACAGACAGGGGAGGGGAGGCAGGGAGGGGGUGUGUGACUAUUGGACCUAUGGAGCUAUAUUGUAUGAACUUAUUUGUGGAGUGCCGCUGUGGCAGUACCACAGGUCGGUGUUCACCUCGCACACUCUGCUGCAGCUGCCCGACACCUUGCCGCUGGAGGCGCGCUCGUUGCUCACACAGUUACUGACAGCGGACCCCUCUCAGCGUCUGGGGGGUGGUCCCGCCGGUAUAGAUGAGAUCAAACAGCAUCCAUACUUCCGCGGUGUGGACUGGCUGCGUGUGCGCAACGCGUGGUCUGUGCCGCGCUGAUACACAGAUGUUAUCUUAUACCACUUAGAGAUAAUGAUAAACAAUAUCACUUAGGUUCCUUCAAGAAGCGAGCGAUUUCCUUAAAGGCAAUGUAUCUGCAGUUCCUCUGGUGUUGAUAUCCAUGAGUGUUGUUGAUCACCUCCGUGUUCCUGCCGUUUGUCCUCUGCUCUUAUAAAAAAAUGACAACUUUGAAUGUUAUAGUUAAUUCUAUCUAUAUUAUUAGUUCUAACACAUGAACAUAUCGCUAUCAUCAGCGUUAAAAUGGAGAAAAUGAAACAGGCACUAAAUACUACGUCUUUUAGCCAUUCCAUUUAUAAAGGUCUGAUUUAUAUCCAAUUGAGGCAAAAUAUAUGAUUUAGAGAACAAAGAUUGGUGAAAUAAAUGCUUGCCUUAAUGAGGCAAAUGUCUUAUGUGUGACUCAUUCAGGCAACUUUAACAGUGGUAGAGCCCGCUUUAAC